AUGCAGACUCCAGCUCCCGUAACCAGAGAAGUAGAAGUCAGAGUCAAUGAUGUUCCUCUGCUAGCAAAGAUUGAUUCUGGCGCUGACGUCACUGUUGUCGGGUCUGGAUUCCCAGGGUUGCCAGACCUUCUUGAACCGCCAGAAACACUGAAAGGACCAAGUGGAACUACGCUCGACGUUCUUGGGAAGUUCAGAGCAGUAAUCCAGUGGAAAAAGAAGACUACAUCCCAAAUGGUAUAUGUCGUACACGGUCUAAGAAAGCCCCUCUUGGGGUUGCCAGCAUUACUUGACUUAGACAUCAUACGAUUUUUGAACGAAGUGGAAGUCGGAGAAGAUCACUGGUCUACUCGCAAGUUUCCCGAGCUGUUCCGAAGUCUAGGCAAAAUUCCCGGGGAAUACGUCAUUCGAUUACAGGAAAACUGUACGCCGUUUGCCAUAGCCGCGCGACGUCGCGUUCCUUUCGCCAUGCGCACUUCGGUUAAGACAGAGCUCGACAAUAUGGAGAAACAAGGUGUUAUACGGAAAAUACACACUCCGACAGAUUGGUGUGCACCAAUCGUUCUUGUGAAGAAGCCAUGGGGGAAAAUCAGGAUCUGUGUUGAUUUGACGAAGCUCAACGAAUGCGUCAAGCGAGAAAGGUUGAUCUUGCCAACCGUUGAAGAGGUCUUGGGCAGCAUUGGCCCCGCCAGGUUUUUCACGAAGCUGGAUGCUAAUUCCGGGUUUUAUCAGAUUAUGCUCUCAGAAAAGAGUCAAGAGUUCACAACUUUCAUAACGCCAUUCGGACGUUAUUGUUUCCAACGUCUUCCCUUCGGGAUCACUUCAGCACCAGAGGUCUUUCAAAGGAAAAUUGCGCAAGUGCUUGACGACUUACCAGGAGUCCUGAACUUAAUGGAUGACAUCCUUAUUUAUGGAGACAACAGAGAACACCACGACCGGAGACUAAAUGCAGUCUUACAGCGCCUGUCUGACAAUAACGUCACCCUGAAUCUCGAGAAAUGCAAAUUCUUUGUGGAGAAGAUUUCGUUCUUGGGAGUUCUCAUUGACCAGCACGGAAUUUACCCCGACCCCAGAAGAGUAGAAGCGUUGACAGCUCUAGAACCUCCUCAAAACGUUUCGGACUUGCGUCGUAUUCUAGGGAUGUUCAACCAUGUUGGAAGAUUCAUCCCUAACAUGUCAACAUCAUCAGCACCUCUGCGCGAACUUCUUGUGAAGAACGUUGACUGGUAUUGGGGAAACGGCCAACAGGAUGCUUUUCAACGUCUAAAGGCCUCCAUCUCUUCUGGAAUUUGUAUGGCCAAGUACAACCCUAAUCUCCCGACGAUACUGUCAGCAGAUGCCUCAUCCUACGGGCUUGGAGCCGUGCUACUGCAAGUCCAGCAACCUGGGGACCGUAAGCCAGUAGCGUACGCGUCGCGAUCACUAAACAGCGCCGAAACUCGUUAUUCCCAAAUGGAGAAAGAGGCUUUAGCCUUAACCUGGGCCGCGGAGAAGUUUGACGAAUAUAUCUGUGGUCUGCGCUGUACCUUCGAAACUGAUCACAAACCACUUGUCUCCCUCCUCGGUCUCCAGCAGCUGGAUCAGCUACCACUAAGAAUUCAGAGGUUUCGGCUGAGACUAAUGAGAUACGAUUACGACGUCACCUAUGUGCCCGGUGCGUCCAUGACAAUAGCCGACGCUCUUUCGCGUUCUCCGCUGAAGGACACCAUGUCAUCUCUUACUGCCGAUGAAGUUUCGGCAUUCGUACGUGGAGGAAUCGAGGCGAUCCCGGACUCCGACAAAUUGCUAGACCAUAUCCGGGAAUUUCAGAAAAAAGAUGAAGUGUGCAGCACACUAAGAGAGUAUUGCAAAACGGGAUGGCCCCCCAAAGGGCGAAUUAACCAGGCACUACGUCCUUAUUACGAACAAAUGGCAAAACUCUCAGUGUGUGAAGACGUCCUACUGUGCGGCCAGCGUAUCGUAAUUCCCAUGUCUCUGCGAGAAGAAAUUCUGGGUGGCAUACACGAGGGACAGCAAGGAAUUUUUAGAUGCAGACAGAAAGCGAAGGAGUCUAUCUGGUGGCCGGGUAUCAGCAAGGAGCUGGCGGACCUUGUUAGAGCCUGUUCCGUCUGCGAGGAGUACAGACUUCAGCCGUCAGAACCCAUGAUCCCAACGGAGACACCUCCCCUCCCAUGGGAAAAGGUCGGAGUGGAUCUAUUUCACGUAGGGGGAAUCGAAUACGUCCUGGCAGUGGACUAUCGGUCCAGAUACCCAGAAGUGCUACCUCUGUCGAAUGAUUGGUCUUCACGAGCUGUCAUUUUACGCUUAAAAAGCAUCUUCGCGAGGCACGGCAUUCCCCGAGAAGUGGUAACGGACAACGGUCCUCAGUUUGCAAGUGAAGAAUUCAGGAACUUUGGACGAUAUUAUGGAUUUAAGCACACCACAUCUAGUCCCUAUUUCCCACAAUCUAAUGGACAAGCGGAAAGAACUGUCAGGACUGUCAAACGCCUCAUUCAAAUGUCCGAGGACCCCUAUCUCGCGUUGCUCAAUUACAGGAAUACACCCGGACCUUCUGGGGAAAGCCCAACACAGCUUCUGAUGGGACGACGCUUGAGGAGCAGGGUACCACUUCUUCCUCAACAGCUGAAGCCUGAUUCUCAGCACUAUGGGUGGAAAGACCGAGGCACCUACGAAAAGAAGAAACAGAAGACGAACUUUGACCGGAGAGAUCGCGCUCAUACUUUGCCGCCUCUUCAGAAGGGGGAAUCCGUCUGGCUACCACAGCUGAAAAUACAAGGAACUGUCGUGGAUACCGAUCGCGCUCCGCGGUCCUAUUGGGUGCAGACUAACAAGGGUCUGCUACGUCGAAACCGCAGACAUCUGAUACGCAGGGCUAACGCCCCUUCAGGAGAGGGGCUCUCACAACAAGAUUCUACGCUGGACAUUGAGGUUCCCGAAACACCGAUUCCUGUGGGGACUGCCAGAGAAGACUUGGAAGGUUAG